AUGAACGUACCUAAGGCAAGACUUUUAAAAAUAGCAGAGUUAUCUGCCAAGAUAUUUGAUCAGAAUUUCAACCCAACUGGUAUAAGAAGCGGUUCUAAGAUUCUCAAUGCGCGACUAAAGGGCCCUUCAGUGGCAGCCUAUUACGGCAAUCCGGACAUCCUGAAGUUCAGGCAUUUAAAGACAUUAUAUCCUGAUAUCGAAUUUGUAGAUCUUGAGGAGCAGUAUCGAUUAUUUAUGGUAGAAGCAAAGAAACGUCGUGGUAAAGGUGCUCCGAAAAAGAUGAAGAAGGAUGCAGCUGCAGCUGCAAAGGGGAAGGGCAAGAAAAAAAAAUGA